GAGACUGUUCCAGCCUGCUCCGUUGCUGCAGUUUCUUGCUUGUGUCUUGUAAACACGCUGCAGCCCAGCAUGCCGGAGGGGAACCACUGGUAAAAUUUUGACCAGGGGAAGGAUACUCCAUGAGCUGCUGUAAGAACUGGAUGGAUAUAUUUUGGAAAGCAUGGACCCUUUGGCACCUCUGGUUCUCUAUGGAUUCAGCCUGAUUAUUUCAGGUAAAGUGGAAGCAGCACUGGACCUCAUCCUUAUCAAUUCAUUCCCUCUGGUGGGCAACUCAGAGACAUCACUUAUCUGUAUCACUUCGAAGUGGCGCUCCCGUGAGUCUAUCACGAUUGACCGAGACCAGGAGGAUGUGACAAACCAACACCGAGAGCCUCUGGAGGUCAGUGAAGACUCAAAGAGAGCCACAGCCAAGAUGGUGAUAUGGAAAAGGGAAAAGGCCAGCGAGACCAUUGGAGCAUACUACUGCGAAGGGAAGCUCAAGGAUGAGGUGACAAGGAUACACACCAUGAAGAUGCCACGGGGAGCUUCAUUCCACCCGGUGGCCUUAACAGUCACAGCAAACAAGGGAGAGCACGUGAAUAUUUCCUUCAUCAGAAUGGCAGCAAAAGAAGAAGAUGCAGUGAUCUACAAAAAUGGUUCCUUCAUCCACUCGGUGCCCAGGCACGAGGUGCCAGGUGAGCUGGAAGUUUCCUAUCCCCAUGUUCAGCUACAGGAUGCAGGUGUUUACUCUGCCAGAUACAUAGGAGGAAACCUCUUUACUUCUGCUUACACAAGGCUUAUUGUAAGACGGUGUGAAGCUCAGAAGUGGGGCCCUUCCUGUAGCUCCCACUGCCCUUCCUGCAUGAACAAUGGCAUUUGUCAUGAAGAUACUGGGGAAUGCAUCUGUCCUCCAGGUUUUAUGGGAAAAACAUGUGAGAAAGCUUGUGGAGCCAAUACAUUUGGCAAAACAUGUGAAGAGAGCUGUAAAGAAAACUAUGGCUGCAAAAACUAUAUGUUCUGCCUACCAGAUCCAUACGGUUGUUCAUGUGCCACAGGUUGGAUGGGACUGGAAUGUGAUAAAGAAUGCAAACCUGGUUAUUAUGGGUCAGACUGCAAACUCAAAUGCAAUUGUCACAAUCGAGGGACAUGUGACAGAUACAAGGGCUGUGUCUGCUCCUAUGGAUGGCAUGGUCUGCAAUGUGAAAAAGAAGGUUCUGCAGACCUUUCACCUCAGAUAGAAAACUUACUAGACCCUGUGGAACUCAACUCUGGUGUAGAAUUCAAGCCCUAUUGCAUAGCUAGUGGAAUGCCACUUCCUAAAUCUGAAGAAUUUAAACUUUUGAAGCAAGAUGGAACUGUCCUAAGGCCUUCCCUCAUUGUCACCAGUAAUCGCUCUGAAGCUAUGUUUACAAUUAAUCGAGUCCUGCCCCGCGACACAGGAACCUGGGUCUGCAGUGUGCAGACAGUAGCAGGAAUGGCAGAGAAACCUUUUCAGGUCACAGUUAAAGUUCCUCCUGUGCCACAAUAUGCCCCAAGGCUGACAAACAGUGGACAUAACUUCCUCAUUAUUGAUAUCAACGCUGAGCUACAUACUGGAGAUGGACCUGUGGUGUCAACAAAGCUCCUGUACAAGCCAGCAAAACGUUAUCAGUCCUGGAUGUCAGUGGAAGUUAAGGGUUCAACCAAAAGGCUGGACAAUCUGGAACCAAAGACAGAAUACCAGUUCUGUGUUCAGCUGAGUCGCCAAGGGGAGGGUGGGGAAGGCCAUCCUGGACCUCAGGCGAGCUUCACAACAGCUGCGCUGGGUCUUCCACCACCUGAAGGUCUCACACUCCUUCCAAAAAGUAUGACAUCACUGAAUUUGUCCUGGCAUCCCUUAACUCUGAGGACAGAUGAUGACAUUCGUGUUGAAGUGGAAAGGAAGAGCGUGAAUGACAAUGGUGAUGAGAGCAGUGUUAUCACCCAAGUGCCAGGAAACAUGUCCACUCUGAUCAUUAAAGAUCUUGAGCCCAGACAGCAAUACAUGUGUAGGGUACGGGUAAACACCAGGUCCCAAGGAGAAUGGAGCAACUACCUGUAUGCAUGGACUUUCAGUGACAGAAUACCUCCUGCACCAUACAACAUCAAGUUUUUUAACACCACAGACACAUCCUCAGUCAUUUCUUGGACAACUGCUGAGGGCCAUUCCAUCUCCUCCAUCAUCAUCAGCUACAAAAUUUACGGCAAGGCUGAGUACAAUCACAUCGACAUUAUCAUUAAGAACUCCACCAUUACUCAGUACCAUCUUAAGGGCCUGGAGCCUAACACUGUGUACCAGGUUCAGAUUAAUGCUCAGAACAACAUUGGCUUGAGCAACCCAAACACAUCCUUUGAAUUGAAGACUCUUCCAGAAAUGAAAGCUCCAUAUGAAUCAAAAGGAGGUAAAAUGCUGCUCAUUGCUAUCCUUGGCUCUGCAGGGAUGACCUGCGUAACAAUUCUCCUGGCCUUUCUCAUCAUGCUGCAGUUGAAGCGAGCCAACUUCCAGCGCAGAAUGGCUCAGGCUUUCCAAAAUGUGGUGAGGGAAGAGCCAGCUGUACAGUUUAACUCAGGUACUCUCACUCUGAGCAGGAAAGCCAAAAACAGCCCAGAUCCUACUAUUUACCCAGUUCUUGAAUGGAAUGACAUCAAAUUUCAAGAUGUGAUUGGGGAAGGGAACUUCGGGCAAGUCUUGAAAGCACGAAUUAAGAAAGAUGGCUUACGCAUGGAUGCUGCAAUUAAAAGGAUGAAAGAGUACGCUUCAAAAGAUGACCACAGAGACUUUGCUGGAGAACUUGAAGUCCUUUGUAAACUUGGUCAUCAUCCCAACAUCAUAAACCUGCUGGGAGCAUGCGAACAUCGGGGAUAUCUUUAUCUUGCUAUUGAAUAUGCCCCCCAUGGGAAUCUACUGGACUUCCUUCGUAAAAGCAGAGUGCUAGAGACCGACCCAGCAUUUGCUAUUGCCAACAGCACUGCAUCUACACUUUCCUCUCAGCAGCUUCUCCAUUUUGCAGCAGAUGUUGCGAGGGGGAUGGACUACCUGAGCCAGAAACAGUUUAUUCACCGAGAUUUGGCAGCAAGAAACAUCCUAGUUGGAGAAAAUUAUGUUGCAAAAAUAGCUGACUUUGGCUUAUCCAGGGGUCAGGAAGUCUAUGUCAAGAAAACCAUGGGACGACUUCCAGUGAGAUGGAUGGCAAUCGAAUCAUUGAAUUACAGUGUUUACACCACUAACAGUGAUGUAUGGUCAUACGGUGUCCUGCUAUGGGAAAUCGUUAGUUUAGGUGGAACGCCGUACUGUGGAAUGACCUGUGCAGAACUCUAUGAAAAACUGCCUCAAGGGUACAGACUGGAAAAGCCUCUCAACUGUGACGAUGAAGUGUAUGACCUAAUGAGACAGUGCUGGAGGGAGAAACCUUACGAAAGACCGUCGUUUGCUCAGAUUCUGGUGUCUCUGAACAGGAUGCUGGAAGAAAGAAAGACCUAUGUGAAUACCACCCUGUAUGAGAAGUUCACCUACGCAGGCAUUGACUGCUCUGCUGAAGAAGCUGCUUAAGGCGGGAGCAAAGCUUCAUUCAAAAAUGAUUUAUUAAAGAAAACCAAAACUCAACCUGCUGGAGAACAAGAUGUGAUGUGCUGUGUAGCUCUAACUGUAUACAAUACAGAAAUGUUGUUUUACUACAGAUAUCUAUGUGUAUAUCACAUAGUAACCCCUGCCUUCACAGGCUGUAGAAGUAUAUAUACUCUUCUGAGCAGGAAUAGACUGGAGUCAUAAAAUCUGCUGUCUCAUAUGCAGGGUAUUCUUUUUUCUAGUCACAUAGACAAAAUGUAUAUGUUACAGCUAUUGUAGUGCAUCACCUGUUGCCAUCUUAGAUACGUACCGAGAGCUACUGAGAGCAAAGUCAGUAUCUUGUAGCAGUAUUUCAUAUCCAUCUUAGUUGUGAUUCAAACAAAAAUGCUAAGCUCAGUGUGACAGUGGAAACGUGCGAGCAGAUGUCAAUCCGGUAUUCUCACCAAUUAGUUACUAUGACUGCUAUUUGAGCAUAAAAGUGAAGUGGUAGGAAUUAUCUGCUUGAAGAGUCUGCUGACGCUUGUAAGAUACAAGGAAUAAUACUGUUCUUUCAUUGUCCAGUUUGACAGUGUUCGCCUAACUUCAAAAAAUAAGCAUAUAUUUUUAACUCUCUGAUGCUAUGUGAAGAAGCCAUCCAGAAAUCAUCACAAAGCGUAGGACGGAAGAAUAUACUACGUUAUUGGGGAUAUACAUGACUUUUUUUUUUUCCUAUUUGUAUUUCAUUUACUAAUUUUACUGCACAAUUAUAAAUUACUACUUGUUAUAUACAA